AUGAUUGCGCACACACUUUUGGUACUCGCACCUCUGCUCUGGGUGGAAUUCGCCGACGGUAACAGCUCACCUGCAGGAAGCGAGCAGGUGCUACGCUACGGAAGGGAGCUGCUCCUAGCACUACGACCAGGAGCUAUCCCGACGCCUGGAUUUUUGGAAAAUAUCCCUGGACAUCUAGUGCGGCAACGAGAGAGACAGAGGCCGCGCAAGAGAGGCAGAAGAGGGGGCAUUCGCCAACGGCUGCGGAGGCGACGCGACAGACCACCGCUGCCCUCUGUCAUCUUCAGCAACGCGCGUUCACUGAGGAAUAAAUUGGAUGAACUACGCUUAUAUACCAGGACGUGCCACGAGUAUAGAGAGGCCUGCUUGUUGGCCUUCACGGAGACCUGGCUCCAAGAGGAUUUUCCAGACCAACUGACUCAGGAGGAAGUGGUGCCUUUGAUGGGUGUGGUGGAGUCUCGUGGCGUGCUGCGGAAGAUCAGCGACAUGCUGGAGGUGAUCAUGAAGCGCAUGGACAGCCUCUCCCGAUUGGACAACAGCAGCGACGCACGACGCCUGGAGGAGCUCAGCUCAGCCAUCAACAGGAUCCAGCCAGCAGGCCUGGUGGAGCGCAUUCAGGCCAUCGCCCAGAACGUUUCCAACAUGGCCGUACGAGUGGAGCAGAUUCUGCAGAACAGCAUGGCAAGGCACUCGAUUGUAAGAGAUGGUUCAACGGGUCAGUGUGAAGUUCCUCGAGACCCUCGCUACCCAGACUGCCCCAGCAAAGUGGAAUGGAUGCGAUCGCGGUGGACGUCGGACCCCUGCUAUGCCUUCUACGGCGUGGAUGGCUCCGACUGCUCCUUCCUGGUCUACCUGAGUGAGGUGGAGUGGUUCUGCCCCCCACUGGCCUGGAGGAACCACACCACCCCGCCCACCCUGAAGAAGAACUCCUCCAGAAGACAGGCGGCGUUCCGUAAAGACCUGGUGUCCCUCCUGGAGCAGGUGGGCACGGGGAAGGAGUCUCUGAGCUUCAUGAAGAGGAGGAUACGCAGACUGGCUGCCCAGUGGGCCACUGCCGCCCAACGCCUCGACGCCAAGCUCGACCACCGCUGGAGGGAACAGAAGAAGAUCCUGGUGCAUGUGGGUUUUCUGACGGAGGAGUCGGGGGACGUGUUUAGCCCCAAGGUUCUGAAGGGGGGCCCCCUGGGGGAGAUGGUGCAGUGGGCCGACAUCCUGACCGCCCUCUACGUCCUCGGACACAACCUCAAGAUCUCUGUCUCCGUCAAGGAGCUACAGGGUGUGAAAUCUCUAUAA